UCCUUAAUUGUGCAAAGGUUUCGACGUUUCGCACAUCACGUGCUGUUCUUGUUCUGCAAAAUUGGAUAAUGGCGGAGGAACAUUCGAAUAAUUAAAAGCGAAUAUGCUCUGAUCAUACCAACGGCGUAUUUUCUUCGCGGUUCUUUCUUAUACCUGUUGCAGUUGCCUAUCAAUCAGCCUUACAAUUAUGGUGACUCCCUCUCUCUCUGAUUAAUGGCGUCUUCAGGUUAUUGGUUAUUGCCCCAUCAAUACUGUCGUUCGGUUCUUUCUUUGAUUUGAAUUGUUUGACUGUUUCAAAAUUGGUUAACUCCGUGGUUUUAUCAUCUGGGUUCCUUCUAAUAAUUGUUGUAAGUGGGGAACUGGAGAUAAAAUUGAUUGAUUGGUUAAAUUGAUUGAUUCUGCUUGUUAUUGAGAUCGUUGUAUUGGAAAUUUGUGAUCUGGGCUAGUUGUACUUGUAGUUUAGUUUUCUCUUUUAGUUUUAAGAGUUUUGGAGGUAUAUGAUUGGGGAUAUUGAGCUGAAACAUUGGGCGCACGGUUUUAUUGGGGAACUUGUACAGGUUAUUAUAUGAUGGCCAGAAUUUGAGAUUUGUAAAUCGGGUGAUUUGAGAAAUCACAACUUUGGACAAUGAACGCUGUGGGGUUACUAGGGAGCUACAUUUCAAAGGGUGUUUAUACCGUUUCUGGGCCAUUUCAUCCGUUUGGUGGAGCUGUGGAUAUUGUUGUAGUCCAACAGCAGGAUGGUAGUUUUAAAUCAUCACCUUGGUAUGUAAAGUUUGGAAAAUUUCAAGGUGUUUUGAAGACGAAGGAGAAGGUGGUCAGCAUAGUUGUAAAUGGGGUUGAAGCUAAUUUUCAGAUGUAUUUAGAUCAUAAAGGAGAAGCUUAUUUUUUGAGGGAAGUUGAUGUUGAAGGAGAACCUGGAUUAUAUCCUUCUUCUUCAGGUGAUGAGAUACUGCAGGAACUGGAUGGUAGGAGGAUCCUUAGUUCACAAAGUUGCUACUAUAACACUAAGAGUUCAAUAGAUGGGAUCGAGCAGAGUAAUAAUAAUGGGAAGAUAGUGACAAAAACUACCUCCCGGCGACAGAUACUUGGAUUUGUAUGGGGUCGUAAAUCAAUGAAAGAAGAUCUUCAUGCGGGUACAUCUGUUGCAAGGGUAGAUUCUCUGGAGCGUGCUGAAAUUGCAGCUGAUCUUUUAGAGGUUAGGUGGUCUACCAAUCUUCGCGCCCAAAAGCUUGAGAAAACGGAUUCUUCUAAGUUUUCUUCCAUUGACACUUCAGAUGGCAAGGAUGAGGAAAAUUUGAGGAGAGAUGAUGAGAAAAGCCACGUGACAUCAACUGUAAAAGCUAACAUGGGAAAUAGUAUUGAUAAAAUCUUCGAUAACAACACCUGCAACAAGCCCGUGACAAAUGGCUCUCAAUUAGAAUCAGAAAAGCUAGAGCUUUCUAUUGAGGUGACUAGAGAAAUGUCAAGUUUAAACAUCAAGGAUCAAAUGGUUGAAACUUCUAUUAUAGGGGAAAAGGUUUUUGACAGGACAUAUGAAGUGAAAUAUGCACCAAUAGAUAUCCAACAGAGUGAAAAAGAGACUGUGCAGGCGAUGGGAACCUUCGCUGAAAAUGUAGAUUCCAAGUCCCAAAUUUCGUUGCUAAUGGAGCACUUAUCUGAUGAAACAAAUAUUGCUUCUCAUGUAUUCAACAUGUCUGAAGACAAGAGUGAAUCCGAUGCAGUGCAAUCUUUAAUGUUCUAUGAAACUUCCAAGCAAUCAAUGUUGACAAUGGAUGAUUCAAGGGUACUGACUCAUGAAGUCUCCCAUCUGACCAAUGGAGGAUCUGGGAUCAUUGAUAUUCAAACUGAGGGAUUGCACUUGACAACUAAAGUUCAUCUUGAGGAUACAGAAUCUAGUGUGGUAGCAGGAGAUUUUGAAAUAGAGACUGAAAAAGUUGAAGUCCUUGUGAACUCUUCUCAACAAGUGGAUCAUUGUAUUAGUUCUGUUCAUGAAGGCAACACAAUGGAUCAAGAAAAAACACCAACACUUGAAGCUUCCUAUUCUCAAAUUGUGUCCACAGAAGAAAUGCCUGGUUCCGUUAAAGAAUUGAAGUUUGAUAGCACAGGUUCAAGUUUCUGCUCAGAUUUUCAAGAUGACAAAAGUGUAGAUGGAAGUGUGACCAGCAAGUUCCAAAAUUCUUUGAGUUCUAUUGAUAACAGAGUUGCAACAAAAGAAAGUCAUAUACUGCCGGCAACAAAUUCAGAUGAUGAACAAUUCCUUUUCAGUGAUAUUGAUGUUCCAAAAACUGAGGUUAAUGGGAGUAUAGAGUCAGAAAGUCAACAUUUCGAUGAUAAAGAAGAUUAUCCAUUAGUAUAUCCAAGUAGCAUUGAUGAAGAGGAUAGGUUUGCAAAUAGAAGUUAUGUGACAAGCAGUUCUGUAGACAGUCAAGAGAUCUUCAAUCAGAGGAUUACAAGUCCCAUCACAAUUCCUCCAAGUCAUCCAAUUUCUAGUAAAGAAGUUGAGCGUCUGGCAGCUUCACUACCCAAUAUGCAGGCUAGGAUUGAUAAUUCAAUUGUCUGUAAGCUCAAUCAUCCUCUAAGCCAUUCUGUGGACUCAAAUUCAAAACCAUUGAACUGGAUGGAAUUUUGUAAGGAUAAUGCAAGCUCCAAGACUGGUGGUGAUGGAGAAGAGAAAGUGGCAGAGGAUCGGUCAAAAUCUGAAGAACCAUGGGUUUCAGAAGAACGAAAAAAUAUUAUUCGUAACUCUGGAGCAGGUAGUCCAGCAGAAGCAACUGUUGACCCAGUUGGAAAUUGGAAACUUUGGCCUUUCUCUUUUAAAAGAUCUAAUUCUAGUAAAGGAACUCAAUCAGCUGUUGAUGGAUGCAUAGAUUUUGAUAUUAAGAAGGAUUCAGAUAGAAAUAAUGGACUGGAUGGAGAAGCAAGCAUUGUUAAGCACAAGGUAGAGAAACAGAUGGUUAAAUCCCUCUCACCGACAUCAGAGCAGCUGGCAUCCUUAAAUCUCAAGGAAGGGGGGAACACGAUAACUUUCACAUUUUACACUGCAGUGCUUGGAAAGCAGCAGGUUGAUGCCCGGAUUUAUUUAUGGAAAUGGAAUACUCGUGUAGUGAUAUCAGAUGUGGAUGGGACAAUAACAAAGUCGGAUGUUCUGGGUCAAUUCAUGCCCUUUGUUGGAAUGGAUUGGUCACAAACAGGUGUCACAAAUUUAUUUUCUGCUAUUAAGGAAAAUGGGUACCAAUUGCUUUUUCUCAGUGCACGAUCAAUUUCUCAGGCGUAUCACACCCGUCAAUUUCUUUUCAACCUUAAACAAGAUGGGAAGGCUUUACCAGAGGGGCCUGUUGUUAUCUCCCCUGAUGGGCUUUUCCCUUCACUAUAUCGUGAAGUUAUUAGGCGGGCUCCUCAUGAGUUCAAGAUUGCUUGCUUGGAGAGAAUUCGAGAACUAUUUCCUCCAGAUUGCAAUCCAUUUUAUGCUGGGUUUGGAAACAGGGACACGGAUGAAUUUAGCUACCUUAAAGUUGGAAUUCCAAAAGGAAAAAUUUUCAUUAUUAAUCCCAAGGGGGAGGUUGUUGUAAACCGCCGUGUCGACACGAAAUCUUAUACUUCUCUUCACACUCUUGUCAAUGGGAUGUUUCCUCCCAUGACCUCAUCCGAGCAGGAGGAUUUCAAUUCAUGGAAUUACUGGAAACUGCCACCUCCCUUGGUAGAUUUUUAAAGUUGUCUGCCUAAAAGAUUCUCGUUACAUUAUUGGUGAUCCUUGAAUCUGGGGAUUAAAUGUGCUCGGUGGAUUUUCUUGCUAAAUUCAUUGAUAGAGAUUAUUAAACUCCUGGAUCAAUUGCUGAUUGCCCACAUUAAUUCCCAUCAAAAUUCAUCGGCAGAAUCAGUUCAUAUUUCAUGCUGCUAUCUGCUAAGUUGAAAUUUUUGUUACAUACUGGACAUAGUAUAUUAUUGUACAGUCUGGUGUUUUCAUCCACCAAGAGUUUAGGUUCUGUAAGUAUAUAUGUAGUUUAAAUUCAUAGGUCAAUAACUAAGUUCUAUAAGAUAUGUAUUUAUUUCCCUUGAGGAAGAAAGUGAGGAAAAUUCCUUGAAAUGUGAAUAAAUUCCCAUCUUCUGUUCCCUUGUUAUGUACAAAUUAAAUGCUGGUACAUUUGCCUUAAUACCUUUCUGAAGGAAUUUCCUUACACCACGAACAUGGCUGAAUUCCUCAAUAAUUAAGUUUAUUUCUUUUAUUAUUAUUAUUUAAAUGUAUA